UGACCCCCUGAGGUCCCUUCCUACCCUCAUUUUCUAUGAUUCAAUGAUUCAGGGUCUACCCACAGGCCCGGCCGCCUGUGUUCCAGCUGAACCCUCACGCUGGGUCUGUCCCGCCCCAGCCAGACACUCCCUCCCUAGAAUCCCUUCUUGCUGUGCCCCCCCGCCCUUGGAUUCCUGCACAAUCAACAGUUUUCCUCCCCACUCAGACAGGCACCCCAUCACACUGCACCCACCAGGCCACCCCUACCACAUUGUCCCAGCUCAGGCACCCAACAACCCAUGUAGCAGAUGUUUCUCAGACUUGAGUGCUGUACUGCCUUCCCGUUCCCAGGCCAUGGAGUGAAGGAAAUCAGUGGGAGUUAAAGUUAAUCCCAUAUUCCCGGGCUGGGAAGAAAGCAGUGUGCAGCAGGAAAGACCCAGCUGGCUUUUUUCCAAAGCCACACCUGUUUCCAUAGUUGUUUGGCCAAUGCUCCAAUAGUCCUGGGGCCUUGAGCUAGGUCUGGAAAACACUGAUAAGGUCUUGGCACAACUCGUUUUUGUUUUUCUGAGAGCCCUGACAGGAAACUUCUAAGUUGCCCCACCUUCCACAAUACUCUUGUAUAACCAGACACCUCCCAGGGUCCAUACACAGAGCAGCUAAGCAGAGACUAGCCCCACCAUCUCUCCAAGCCAUGGGGCUACCCACACUACUAGGCUGUGUCUCCCUAUGGGCUGGGCUGGUGCUGGCUGAAGUGGGAUCAUUCAGUCGGUGCCAGCAGUAUUUCUACAAAGGAGUUGAGCCAGAGGGGUUCAACACCCAACGCACAGCAAAGAUCUGCCAGAGAUACAAUGGCACGUACCACUAUGCCACCCUGUAUGACAGGGACCACCGCAUCCCACGUUGGUCUGCGUACACGCUGAACGAGACGGCCUGUGAAGGGCAGCCCCAGAGAAGGAGCAGAUGGUUCGUAGAGCCACAGCUCUUUGGUGCAGACAAGGGCUCAGACAUGACAACAGAGGCAGAGUCAGGCCUGACCCCAGAGGAUCUGAGAUUCAGCCAGGCUGUCAGCGAGGACUAUGAGGACACCUCCUAUGACCCAGGACCCCUCAACCCAAAUGGCCUCCAGUGCAACAGCAACCACACGGCAAUUUUCACCCUCACCAACACCAUCCCCAUGAAGCCCUGCUUCCUCUGGAGCCGCUGGCACAAGCUGCAGCACCUAUUCCAGGCAGAGCUGGCCAAGAGCUGCCUCAGCCUGGGUGGAGUUGCCUACCUGGUGACAGGCUCUGGUCCCAAUAGGGAGAUGAUUUCCAGAGGGGGUGAGGACCAGGAAAGGGACCAGGCACAGCUGUGCCACCGGGUAUCAGUGCCCAGCCAUGUUUGGAUGGCCGCAUGCUGUGACAACCGCAACACCGACCACAAAUUCUCCCUUGCCUUCCUGGCUGAGAACAAAGAGGAAUCCCGGCUGCAAAUCCUCCCUGUGACACAAUUAAAUGGGGAGCUGCUGGUGUUGAACCAGACUCUUCAGAGACUCAGGAUCUUCGCAGACAAUUGCAGUGGUGAGAGCCAGAGAAGCCAGGAGGCUUUGUCUGCUCUAAGGGCCUCUGUGUACAUCGCUUUCCAGGACCGGGUGCUGGACUCUUAUUUCCAGUUCCUCCCUCCAGAGGAAAGGCAGAAACUGGACAAAAGGACCAACUGGGUGAUGAAGAGCAGGAAUGUGGAUCUGUCCGAGGUGCGGUUCACAGCAGUCAGGGCCUUUGUAGAAGUGUCCAGCUCAGAAGCCUGGCAAAGGAAGUUUACUGCGAUGUACAACCAGGACAACCUGGCAUGUGUUCUCUCUUCUGCUCCUUCUGCCUCUGGGCUGGCCCAGACCCCAGGCACUUCAAGAAAAGUUUGUAUUCUGCAGGAGCAGAAACACCAGCCAGACUCUGAUGUUACAGCCUGGGGGUGGCACUGCAUUGGUCAUGCCUGUGGGAAACAUAAGGGAACUGCCUACAGUUGGUGUUACACUUCUAAGAGCUAUUACUGGAAUUACUGGGAUUACUGCUGCACUGAGAAGUGUACGUCUCAAUAUGAGUGUGCACGAGGGGAUGGGGGAACAGCGUACUGCUCACCUCAGUACUCAACUGUGACUGUAACAGGGCAGCUAUGUCGGGCUGACUUUCCCUGUGGCCUCUAUGGGGAACGUUAUUUCUGGUGCUACACAGACUAUCGGCAGAACUGGAAUUACUGCUGCUCUCCACAUCACUACUGCGGGCACCAUGGUUACAGCUACCAGUGGUGCUAUGUUGGAGGCUGGAGGUGGACGUGGAAGUACUGCGUCCCUUGAGAUGCCCCCCAGGCAGGGACCCUCCACCUCCAUGUGGCUGCGGACGUGAUUGGAGAUGGAGUCUGAGAGUGAGCGCAGGGUGUGGCUGCAAGAGCAACUACCAGCCAUCUCCUUUUCUAGUUCCAGGUCUUUCAAAGGGCUGUGGUUGCUGCAUCACCCCUUGUGCUCAGGGUAGGUAGGGUGAUCUGAGUUGGGCAGGGGGAGAGGAUAUUCUUUAUUGUUCUUAGUGGAGGUGUUAGGUACUGAAAUCUGGCUCAGUGGCAAUAAAAGCACACAUUUCAUUGCAGGGCCCAAUGAAGGUCACCGUGCCAGAUGCAUGAUCUGACUGAUGCCCUAGAAUAAGAUGUGUAGCAACCCCCCCCCCCCCCCCCCCAAGUUUCUCACUGCAAUGGACACAUUUAAAUGCUGUUCUAUAAGUGAGGAAAAGUUGUGUAGCUUGUGUGCAUAACACCAGCAACAUUUUUAACUCUGUACUUCUUGCUGAAUUAAUAAACUUGCAGAGUGAUAAAGAACAGUGAAGUAACCUGAUUUGAGGACAGCUCUCCCAAGGAAAAGUCAUCCCGUUCUCUCUGUAUUAAAUACCUCUGUGGCCAGUUGACAAACGAGCUGUAAGCUCAGCCUGUUGGGUGUCAGCUUUAAAAUCCAGCUGGAACCUCAGUACGUUCCUGAGUGUGACCCACUGGCAUACUGACAGUGACCAGUCACCAUGACAAAUCCCCAAGGGACACAGGGAUUUUCCCCUGUGAAUGUUUUCUGCUCCAGACUGGCUUCCCUUAUGGAUAACAAGCUUUAGCCAAAUAGAAAUUACUGGGCCAAGACACAGGGAACUGAAUGGAUGGCACAGCAAGUGUGCUGCAAGUGGGAAACAUGAGCCCCACACUCUUCCAGCCCCAGCAGGUGGAAAUGGGAGACUCCCCAGAGUCCACACUUCAUCCAAAGCAGCAGCCCUUUCCAACUGUGGGGAGGGAAAGGAGCCAGAUACAUGGAAAGGCCAUGGGCUGAAGGAUCUUCACAGGGUGAGGGAACCCAGGGAAAUCACUAUUCCAUGCAACAUCCAUACUAUUGGGCACCUCCAACAGUUGUUAGUUGUGGUCUUUUUCCACCUGCGUUUUUAGAGACAUUUCGAAACUGUCCUGGGUGGAAGAGGCUGGAGCAGUGCAGGAGAGAGGGGAAAUCAAGGCAAUAACUGUAGCACAUCCCUUCCGAGCAUGCCCAGAAUGACAAGCCUGGUCAGAUGGAUGGAAAUGGAUUUAAAUUCCGCAUCUCCCCCUUCAUCCUGCAGACAGCACUGGGGGUGGGGAUGAGAUGCAUCAGCCCAGCCCCAAUCCCAUGCAGGGACUGACAGAAGUUAAUGAAAGUGUUCCACUUUGGAAUGCUUUCAUCUGAACCCUGAUUAGCAUGCCUUGCAGGCCCCGUGUGAUACUCACAUUUGCUCUCUUCCUUCGUCCAGGCUUUUUAUUUGUGUUUCUCUUUAGUCUGUAGUUUCAAGUCAAGUCAGAGCAGAAGUUGGCCAGAGUACAGGUGGGGAAGAGAAGGCACAGGCCCCUGGGGCCUCCACUGGGCUGCACCCAGUGGCAGGAGAUCCCCUACAAGCCCCUGGACCAUGGAGACUUACAGACCCAGCUAGGCCAGAGCCUGACGUUCAGUGCAGCAGAGGCACAGAAGUGGGAUCGGGCCCCAGUCUGGCCUGGCCAGGUCUGGGACUUUUUGUGGUCCAGAGGCAUGUUGGGGGGAUGGGGUGCUCCUGCCACUGGGCACAUCUCGGUGGAGGCCCUGGGGGCCCAUUUCUCUCCCCCACCUGUGCUCCGGGUGCAGCAGGCAGCCUGCAGCAGCAGCAGCCUCCUCCCACAACACAGGUAGGGGGGCCUGGACCCCCAGAGCAGGAGCCGCACUCCCCCUUCUCCCAUGCACCCCUGGAUUGUGGAGACUUCCAGGUGCCACGUGUGUGUUUGCCCUGGUGGCCUCCACAUUAAGGCCAAUUUGCUGCUUGUAGGUUUUCCAGGCGGAGUCAGUGUUUCCCUUGGUUCUAAGCAGCAUGUGUGUCUAUGCAUGUGCAUGUGUGUGGUUGGAGGGGGGUGGCAGCAAAGGAAGCUACUUUUCACUUUACUAGUCGGUCACUGUACAAGAACUCAUCCCAAAUCAGGGACUCAGACUGGGCAGUCGCACCAUGUCCCACAGGCACUGGAAUCUGAAAGUAAACCAGAUUCAACCCUAGCCCAGCCUCCUAGGAGCCACACAACACCCCCCCCCCCCACACACCUUUCCCACCUCCUCCCACAAAGAAAGGGAAAUGGGCUUGGGCAGAAACAUUUACAGCAAGGGACAGAAUCCUUUGCAGGGGCAGAAACCUUUGCAGCAAGGGGCAGUUCCCUCUGGCAAAGCAACAUUUUUGAGGAUGCUGGUCUCUGAGGGGCAGGACCUUUCUCCCAUUCAGGUCUGCACCCACAUGGAAAGCUACAAUGUCUAUCCCCAGACACACUGUGGGCUAUUAACCAGUCUGCCCCUGUCUCUCAGCCAGUCUCCUGGCAUGUUCCUCUGUCUGUCUAUCAUUAGGAAAACUCCUUUCCUCUCUGAUCUGCUCCAACCACAAUAUAGCACCAGUUUGUUCUUAGGAUUUCAGUCAAACCAAAGCAAGGAACAUGGCCUUUCCCUGCCCAGGUCCCAACCCUCCCUCAACCUCCACUUUCCCCUUCUCCCUGCCCUGCCUCAUAAGGACAGCACUGUGGGAUGGGGCACUGGCUGGCUGUUGCAGGUAUCCCCAGGUUCAGGGCUUUGUCCUUUCCCAGGGAGCCCUGCCUUGCCCCAGUUUCUACCCUUUGACCUCUGCACAAACAGACAAUGCUGCACAUUCCUCCUUCCCUUUCAGUACACUCAGCCAUCACCACAGCCACACCCCCAAUGUCCAACUCAAGUAUUUCUUGAUCCUUGUUUCAUUCUGCAGUUCCCAGGAAAUGACCAUCAUUUCUUCACCCCCGCGAAUGCCCAUGCACCCACUUGGGCAAUAUCCUUUUGUUUAUCUCCGUUCUGCAGAGUGGCUGAUUAAAAAAAACCCUAGAACAAAAUUUGGGA